UAUCGUUCGUGUCAGCUCUAUUUUCACAAAACGGCAAACUUACACAAAAAUACCACACACACCCGUUUAGGGCGGGUAAAGCUGGUGUGGGAGGGAGCGGGGGCUGGAAUGGAGAGUGGUGGGAGUGGUUGAUGUUCCUGAGGACAGCGGCAGUUACAAGCACGACGAUGUCAGCCGAGGACUAGAGCCACAAGCAACGGGACAACAUGAAGCGACCUGCUCCACUGCUGGCUGCUCUCGUCUUGAGCCACUCACUGCUGAUCGCAGCUCAAGACACCGUCAAGAAAGUCUGUGACGAGGGCUUUUUCGCUUCCAGUGAAGGGGGCGUCAGCACCUGUCGUCAGUGCGGGGUGUGUCCUGCAGGUUUCCUGACCACCUCGCCCUGUUCUGAAGAAGCUAACACUACUUGCAGCGCAUGCCCAGCAAACUACUUUUCCCCCGGAACCGGAAGUGACUGCACGCCAUGCACGGUGUGUCCCGCUGGCAAGUACGAGACUAGAGCGUGCUCCUCAGAACGGGACGCGCUGUGCCAGCCUUGUUCCCGCGGCCAUUUCUCCCAGUCCUCCUGGCCGGCAUGCAGGCGCUGCCGGAAGUGCCCUUCAGGGUUCUUUAAAAGCCGGAAGUGCACUCCUAGACACAACACCCUCUGCUUCCCUUGCAGCCUGUGCCCUGCGGGUCAUCAGGAGUCCAGCCCCUGCACGGGACUCGAAGACACUGUGUGUAAGUUGUGUCCCCCUGGUACCUUCUCGCCGGGAGGGGGCGCCAGCUGUCGCCCGUGCUCCACGUGCGAUUCUAGUCAAACGCUGGUCCAGAACUGCUCGGCGGUGAGUGACACGGUCUGCUUGCCAUGUGCGGAGGGCUUCUUCUUCAGCAACACCACUGGCGUGUGUCAGCGAUGCCGCAGAUGUCGCGCAGGCUCCGUGCUGCAGACGUCCUCCUGCAGUGGCGUCCAAGACUCGACUUGCUCGCCCUGCCCGUCUGGAACCUUCUCCAGCUCCGACAGGCGGCGCUGCAUCCCAUGCUCCUCUUGUCUUCCUGGAGAGCGCGAGCGUCGCGAGUGCACGAAGACCAAAGACACGCAAUGUGAACGGUGCAAGGGAGGUCACUUCGUCUCAGCGGACAACAGAACGUGCAGCCCCUGUUCGCGGUGCCCACCGAGCACAGAGACCCUCAGCCCCUGCACGCGCAAAAAGGACACGACCUGUAACGCAUGCGCAGAGGGCUACUACUCGCCGGGUUCAGGUUUCUCUUGUCGCCAGUGCUCGCUGUGCCCACCGGGCACCUACAUGGCCGGCCCCUGCACCCGGGAGUCCGACACCGUCUGCCACCCGUGCGCCGAGGGCACCUACAUGGCCACGUGGUCCUCGAGCCCUGCCCCCUGUCUCUCCUGCAGCAAGUGUGGAGCGCAGGAGGUCGUGCUGACUCCUUGCAGGUCGAACGUUGAUGUCAGGUGUGGAAGCUGCAGGAAAGGUGAAUUUAUCGACCCGCAAACUCACCGAUGCGUCAAGUGUUCUUACUGCUAUCCCAAGACACCCGGGGUGGCAGAAAGAGAACCGAGAUGCCAGGACGAGGAGCCGGACUGGCAAUGCCGACCACUCUCACAAACGUUUACAAACUCUAAAGCCGAUCUUCAAGCCCCACCCCCGCGAACACACACGGCCUUUGCCUCACAUGCGGAGACUGACCGGAAGAAGAACUUCCGCGCGCAUGCGCAGUUUGAGAACGACAAUGUGGUUCUCUUUGCCAUCCCAGUCGUCAUGGGCGUCACCACCAUCGCCAUCAUCGUUCUCCUCGUCGUGUGUUUCCACAGACAAUGCAAGAAGCGCCGGCUGCGGGGCGUCAACAACCACCGCUACGACAGCGUCUCCACCUGGCUGAGCAACGCCAGCGCGCAUUUGCCGGAAGUGACGUCAGACGCCAAGGGCGCCAGUCGCUUUUCUCUGCCAGUCACCAUCUUCACCAAGUCGGCUUCGUCGGAAUACUACAAAGUUCCAGACGGUUCCAUCGCGGUGUCGUUCGACAGGAUAGACCCUAAAGUGCUGCGCGAGUGUCACCAGAAGCUGUAUCUCAUGGAGUCGGGCACGUGCUGUCUGUACGAUAAGCCACAGCUGGUCGACUCAGGUACCUACCUGUACGAAACUGAUUCUGUUCAGAGAAGCAACGUUUCAUAAACGGUGGUUUCCUUAUCAAGUACCAGAGUUGAUAGAUGCUCACCAUAGCAACAGAUAUUGACAGAAGGAUGCGAACUUUGGCAGUGCUGUCUUUCCACAUUCCUGGCACGAUAGAUAUCUCCUUUAUCUCAAUGGCUAUGAAGAUGUCUAUCUUCUGGACAUUAUCCUGACAAUACCACAAUAUAGAUUGUCUACUCUGUCCGUCUGUGCCGUAGACGUCUUUCCAAGGCCUUGCGAAGAUGUCAUCCUCGGACGAAUAGCUAGCCUCCAUUCACACCCAGCCUUGAUACUGCCACUGAGCAUCUUGGUACCUGUCCGCCUCACCCACUCACACUCUACUUACAAGGUGGGCUGUUGGUGUACUCACCUGACCUUUGACAUGCCACCUCGUCCAGCUGUAACCGAGGGGAGAUGAAGGUGUCGUGAGGGAGGCCUCAAUGUCAAUGUGCUGUUUCUCGUUUGGCAUUGUUACCUGUGACACUGACUCAUUCAGCACAGUGUUACCUGUGACACUGACUCAUUCAGCACAGUGUUACCUGUGACACUGACUCAUUCAGCACAGUGUUACCUGUGACACUGAGUCAUUCAGCACAGUGUUACCUGUGACACUGACUCAUUCAGCACAGUGUUACCUGUGACACUAGACACUGUCUAUGAGGUCAGCGCACAGUUUUUCAUAACGAAUAUAUAUAUAUUGCACAUUUUUAUGUGAUAUCCUUCUAGAGGACAAUUUACAUCUUUGUUACUGGUAAUUUACUGGUAAUUUGAUCAGGUUUUUGAUUCGUCCAUAAAGUCUUUUUGCUUGUU